UAUGUAUGUACAAAUAAAAUCAGACAUCAUGGCGGAAGGAUUGCGAGUUGUCUCUUUCUAAAAAGGUUGUACUGUUGAAUGUUUUAGCAAGGAAUGACGACUUUGUUUGAACGUUAAGGCGACGCGUUAGUCUGCAAUUUAUAAAUUAUUUCUUUUAUUCAUAUUUUGCAGCAUUUUUUUUCUUAUAAACGAAUGUCUGCAUGUCGGCUAAACGCCGCUGCAGCCAACGACAAUAUAUAUUUUUCUCGGAAAUGUUUGGCUUAAUGUAGAAGAGGUCAUGAAUACUAAAGAGAUAAUGCAUUAUGCAACACAAAUAGAGAAGCUGCAAAAUGAUGGCAGCUUUGAAGAUAUCAUAUUACUGUUGACAGUCCUGAACAACGCAUGUGUCACGUUAGAGCAGUUGCAGACUACAGACAUUGUUAAUGUCCUUUAUAAACUACUGAAGUUCUCUCCAGUUGUGAGUGCUAGAACAAUAGCAAAGGGCUUGCUUUCAAAAUGGAAGAAGUUGUACAAGUUGUCAUCUGUGCUGAAAAGUGAUAACAAGAACAUGUGGGAGGACAAGGAACUAGAAGCACGUGACCUGCCUAAUGUUGAGGUGUCCCACUUAAAUGGAAAGGGGAAUAAGAAUCAAGCAUUUACAUGCAACACAGAACAACAUGAUAUAACAAAGGAUGUAAACCAGGACAAAUGUGAUGCUUGCUUGAAUAAGCUGUCUCCUGAAAAGCCUUGUCCAGCAAAAGAUGCUGCAGAAUCUUUUCAGCUACAUCGUGAGGAAGAGAGCUUCACUCUAGCUGCAGCAUCACAUAGUAGAUCUGAUACAGAAAAAGAUGUUCAAACUUCAGUUCCUCCUAACACCAAUCAGCCCAGCGCUUCCUCUGAUUCCAUGGCAUUGAGAUCCAAAUGUCUCCAUCUGAUUCUCCAAGCUCUUACUUUAAAUCAGCAAAUAGACUCAGAUGUUAUGGACAAACACAAAGCCCUUGCUGAGGACAUUGAAACACACAUUCAUGCUCUUCACGGACGAAACCAGAUCAAGUACAAGGCCUGCAUCAGGAGCAAGGUGGCCAACCUAAAAAACCCAAAGAACCCUCACCUCCGCCAGGGCCUUAUAUCAGGACACCUGACUCCAGAUGCAUUCGCACGGAUGUCAGUGGAGGAAAUGGCAGGGGAGGAACUUCGACAGCUUAGGGGAGGUUACACCACUAUGGGCAUCAGUGAGCAUCAGUUACCAGAGGCAGUGGAAGGGACACCCACCAAUAAAGUUCGCUGCAGGCGCUGUAAGGGUUUGGACUGCAGGGUGACGCAGAUCUCACGAGGGACGCUCUUCUUGCCAUCCUGGGUACGGAGUGGCAGUGCAGAUGAUGAUUCAAUGACUUUCAUGACGUGUGCUAAUUGUGGAGAGCAGUGGUACCACAGCAGCUGGGUUUGCCUUUGAGCAAGUGUGUAUGUAUUUAUAACUGUAAUAAAGAAGAACAGUUACUUUUUUCAGUACAAAUUUACCGUUUUGUGCAGAGUUAAACUAAGCAAAGAUUUUUUUAGUCAGAAUAACUUUCUUGUGGCUUUCAGUUUGGUGCAGUGAACCCUCACAAUGCAUUUGGGUCGAAUGUGUUGUGAGGGUUCACUGCACCAAACUGAAGGCCACAAGAAAGUUACUGACCCAGAGGAGAUACAUACUUAAAAUGCAAAGUUUUAAAACGUUUUGACCCAGAGGAGAUACAUACUUAAAUGCAAAUUUUAAAAUGUUUUGACCCAGAGGAGAUACAUACGUAAAUGCAAAAUUUUAAAUGCAUAAUUUUCAAGUACAGAAACCACUCGUUGCAAAUGCACAAGGGUUAUGAAAAAACUUAAAUUAUUUUAAAGAGAUAUAACCAUUGAAUAUGUUAUACCUUUUGCUUUCAGGUUAAUUUUGACCCAGGUGUAAUUGAUCUAUGAGAUAGAUUUUCAAAAUUACUUAUUCAAAAUAAGCUAAUUAAUUAUUUGUUAAAUAAUUUCUCUAUACGCCAUCUCUUAAUAAAGGGUACUCAAACUGUGACUCCUACUACAAUAAUGAUUACUACUGUAUGGUAAUGGUAAAAUCCACUUCCUCUAUAAUCUCUUUCAGAGGUCACGAGUUUGAUUUUUGCUACUCUAUUUACGGUUUUGGCCACAGUAAAUGAAUGUAUGAGAACCAGGAAAGUUACUUUCAGGUCACUCAAAAAAGGGGAAGCACAACCCAUGCACCAUGAGCCAAAUGUGAUCUUGUGUCUAGGCUCAGCAACAUGUGACAUAAAGUGUGCCACAUGCAGGGAGCAUGUGACCUAAUCUGCCCAAGACAGGGUCCAAAGGCUGAUCUCUUAGGAUGCCUCAGUCAGAGGAAUGUAUUUUAUGCACUCAGUCAGAUCUCACUCAACAAUGUGGAGCAUGAACACAUUUGUAAUGAAAAAGACAUAUUCAAUAUGUAAAGUUCCAUGGGAAAAUAUAUUUUAUACAGGCCAUAUUGUUAUUAGCCAGACUUCAUCUUGAACCUUAUGUUAGAUUUAGUACUUUCAUUAAAGUUAUACAAAAAUCAUACUAUGGUAGCGAUCUGUAUAGCUGUUUGUUGCAACAUUCCAUGUUUUAGAUAUUCCAUGCUGAGGCAAACAUUAGUGUAAUCUUUAAGAUUACAUUCUCUUUCACAAGUUCUAACCAGCUCUUAGCUUUAUGAUGUAAUGAUGUUAAUAUAAUGUUCUGUACACGAGGGAAUUUUUGCAACUAGCAGGGACAACAUUUGGCUACCGGGUCAUAUGAGCUUCAGUAGCUUUGGCCAGCCCAGGGCGCCAUGUCUUGGAGCCGCUCCACACACUGGAGAUGCUGGUUGUACUUUACGGAAUGGCGCUGCUAGCACAGCGCUUCGACACCCAUUACUGAAUUCU